AAUCUGUGCCAUGGAGCUGUUUUCAAAGCGAAGGUCUUCCCAAAACCGACCGUUUUCUGCACUCAGACGCGGUGGCGGUGGAGGGGAGACGGCGCACUCGAAUUCAGUACGACAACAGACACAGGCCAAGAUGGAGUUGGCCCCACUGAUACUGAUGCCACCGAGACCACAACACUCUCUGCAAGUUCCUGAACCUCCUUCUAGAGCCAGCUCGGAGACUGACAGCGACAUGGGUCCAGGGACUGAGAGGAGGCGGGACGACCGACGACGAGGAAGGCUUAACGCGGAACUUCUCACUGGAGUAUUGUACGGGAGCGUGGAUGAAGUGAAGAGGAGCCUAGAGGCAGGGGCGUCCGAGAAUGCAACAUGUCGACCAACCCGAACCACAGCCCUUCACCUCGCAGUGGCCUGUAGACAUGAGGAUGUGACCUCACUGUUGCUCUCAUGGGGCGCAGACGCUCUACGGCGAGACUUGGAGGGUAGACAGGCCAUACACCUAGCAGCGGCUGUGGGUGACCAGGGGAUACUGAGGGCGCUGAUAGACCACAACCCAGACAAUGUCAACAGCCAGGUGGAGGCUGGGACGGUGGCCAGAGACAACGAUAGCUUGGACUCUUGGAGUCAUGACCACAGCUCUGUGGCAGACAAGAUUCCUCCUGUCUCCCAAGGAGCCACACCCCUCCACCUUGCUACUCAGAGAGCCCAUCUUCCUUGUGUUACUCUCCUGCUGGAGAGAGGAGCCAAGGUGAACAUCCAAGAUAGAAGAGGUCUGACCCCACUAGAUGUCGUAGGAGAAAUGCCAACAAAGACUGACACACUUGAUGUAAUGCCAGACUCCAUCCCCUUCAAAGACACAGCUGUAGCCAGGAUAAACAAACUGCGACAACGAAUCGGCUUUCCUGGCACUCCUAAGAAAAAAAGCCUCAGUAGAGACGAUUCUGGAGACUCCACCUCUUCAAAAUCUUUCCUCCGAAUAGCCUCGGAAGAUCCCGAACCAAUGUUUGAAACUAGGGCUUUGCCAGAAGAGCUAGAUCAUCGGGAAUACAGACACGCAGCCGUUUCUAAAUCUGCUAGUGUGGCACAGAAAAUCGUCAAUAGUUUGAUUGACAAAGGUGCAAAAAUGCCAAAGUCAAAAGUUAUUGUUAAACAAGGUGGGGUGCAAAACCAAGUUGCGAUGCAGGUCAAUUGCCUUCACACUGCUGUGGAGCAAGAGGAUCUUCAUCUGAUUGAGUUCCUGUUGGACAACGGAGCUUGCCAACUAACGUGGAACAGUGAAGGGCUUACACCUCUUCAUCUUGCAGUCGCCAAGCAGCUUCUUGAACCAACCAGAGUGCUGCUGGAGAAGAACAAAUCAUUCCAGGUAGUUGAUGCCCGGGACAACCAAGGCAGGACACCCCUUCACCUAGCCGUUGCUCUGGAGUGGUUUCCGGGAGUCAGUCUGCUGCUAGAGGCCGGAGCUGAUGUCAAGGUCACUUCCAAUGACAAACAGACAGUCCUCCACCUCGCUGCUGCUAAAAGUCAUCCUCAGCUGCUGGAGGAGCUUCUCACAAUUCCAGAAUCAGUCAAGAUCAUCGAUAGCCGUAACUACCUUCACGAGACACCAUUGUGUUCAGCUGUGUGUGCUGGACAGCUGCACUGCAUAGAUCUGCUACUAGGCAGAGGUGCAGACAUAACUACGGUGCUACCUGGAGAUAUCAGCUUACUUCAUCUGGCAGCAGAGAGGGGUAAUGUCGCCAUCCUUGGAAAACUACUGAAGGACCCUCGUAUUACAUCGUUGAAGAACAUACGGACUAAAGAGGGCAAAGGUGGAGUGACUGCUUUACACUUUGCCGCUCUUGGUGGAUUUGUGUCUUGUGUCGAGAUCUUAAUCACCUCUGGAUGUAGCGUGUUCGAGGUAACAACGAUGUUCCCCCAUCGAGGAUCCUCAGCUUUACAUCUUGCUGCGAUGAAAGGUCACACUAAAGUCGUAGAAGUUAUAGUGAGACAUGACAAAAGCACACUAAAUGUCAAAAAUGACGAAGGAUGGUACCCAUUACACGUUGCCGCUAGAUUUUCCAAAAAAGAGUGUGUGCGUUUUAUGUUACUUAACGGUGCCAAUUUAGGCGCCACUGUUUUUGAUUCGGCUGGAAACGAAAAGACAGCAUUCGAUAUUAUCGUUUACAGUAUACUACACCCGGUAACUUUUCUACAACGGAUUUUCGAUUGUUGUAUAGAAGUUAAUGAUUACGCGUUAAAUAGUCCCAAGUGCGAGAUCAAAGUGAAGUAUGGAAUUCUUGAACCUUUGGGCCCAGAUAGGAAACAGCUUAGGGUGCUUGAUUCAUUGCUGAACUGUGGGAAAAAUGCUGUGCAGGAAAAACUUCUUUUGCAUCCUCUGGUGGAAACGUUUCUUUAUCUGAAAUGGAAGAAGUUGAGAGUGUUUUUCUUCUUGAUGAUGGCUCUCUACUUGGUGUAUACUGUAUCUCUCACCACAAUGGCAAUGUCUUACUACGUGUUGAAGUCACAGUCAACUUUUAUCAACACUUGUGUAUCUGGAUGUCGCUUUACUCUAUGCAUCUCUCUUGCCCUCAUUACUUUGCAGGAGUUGCUUCAGGUCACUAGGAUGCAGCGGUAUUACCUGAAGGACCUGGAGUCGUGGGUCAAGUGGUCAUCAUUCCUGCUAUCCAUGCUGGUAUUGGUGGGUCAUCAGCCCGCGGAUUGGCUGAGACAUGUAUCCGCAGUUGCUGUGUUACUCUCCUGGCUCGAGCUGCUGUUUCUACUCUCCCGCUGGCCCUCUUCGCUGGGCUUCUACAUUCUCAUGUUCUUCACUGUGGCCAAGAAUGUUAUGAGGGUGAUGGCGACAUUCUUCUUCGUCAUCCUUGGGUUCAUGUUUGCUUUCAUGAUCCACUUCAAAGCGACCGGCCAAUUUACUGAUUGGUGGAGAUCAUUUGCCAAAGUGAUGGUGAUGGCGAUCGAGUUUGAGUAUGAGAACAUGUUUGACAAAGUUGAAGGAGUCGAUGCUAUAGUGGGACGAGCAAUCUUCCUCUCCUUCAUGGUGUUGGUGGCGAUCGUCAUGAUGAAUCUUCUGGUAGGUCUAGCCGUCAGCGACAUCGCCAUCCUUGAGAAGAAAGGGAGAGCGCAGCGUCUCGCCAAACAAAUAGACUUCCUCAGCAUGCUUGAGAUGUUCGUCUACAACCGAAGUUUAUUCGCCUGUUGCCCAAAGAAAUUGGUCGAGGGAGUUAAAAGAUGCAGAGCCGUAGACUGCGACCUGACCAUAGAACCGGGAAGGCCCUCCCUGAAAAAGCGACACCCCCUUACAGAAAGUCUGAAACAGUCUGUGAUAAACAAUAUAAUUGAGAGGAAGAAAAAUACUGAAGAUGAUUCUUGUGCUGAUUCUGAUGAAGAUUGUGAAUCAAGCACAAAAGAGCAGUCGCCUAAAGGAAAUGAGUUUGAAAUGGAAAAGAACGGAAAGAAAAAUCCAGAAAAUCAACAAAUGAAUAAUACACUUCAGGUGAUAAUGAAUGAGUUGAAUUUGAUAAGACAGGAACUUGACAGUAUGAAAACAAAUAGUCAGAGGCCAUCUUUCACAGGUCAGCCACGAACUGUUCCUUUUAAUGUUUUAGAAAAUGAAAACUCUGGACUUUUAAGAACGUGAUAGUUUUUUUAAGAUAUAACAAUCAAUAAUAAGCUAAUACUGUA